UAUAAAUAAUGCUUAAUUGCUUGUCACCCAGCAGACUCAAUCCUCCACGGCAUUCAUCUUCUUCCGUAGCUGGCUUUCUGUCCCACCACUCUCCGCCGUCCUAUUUUCUUCUUAUCUCACAGAGGUGUACUUCCACCUCCCUCCCUCCUCCAUUUCAUACCAUUGGGUUCUGACCCUUUUUGCCUUCCUUUUUUGACAACUCAAACCCCCCUAUAAAUAUAUUUUUGUAUAUAUAUAUCCCAAUAUACAUACACCUAUUUCGGCAUUUCCCUCUCCUUUUCUUCUCUUUCCCUUCUGGUUCUCAAAAUACAACUAAUUUAACCACCACCCAAAAAAGACAACGGAAAAAGGUCAUGAACUCCAUUUUAACCUCUCUCGCCCCUUACCUUUUCUCCUUCCUCGUGAUUCUUCUACUCCUGGAGCAGAUCUCUUACUUGAAAAAAAAAAAGGGUGUUCCCGGCCCCGCCUUCGUCUUCCCCUUCCUCGGCAACGCCGUCUCAUUGGUCCGUCACCCAACCAAGUUCUGGGACCUCCAGUCCGCGCUCGCCACCUCAUCCGCCGGCGGCUUCUCCGCCAACUACGUCAUCGGCAGGUUCAUUUUGUUCAUCCGCGACACCGAGCUCUCCCACCGGGUCUUCGCCAAUGUUCGCCCCGACGGGUUCCUCCUGGUGGGCCACCCGUUCGGGAAAAAGCUCUUCGGCGACCACAAUCUUAUUUACAUGAUGGGCCAGCACCACAAGGAUCUCCGCCGUCGGAUCGCUCCCAACUUCACCCCCAGAGCUCUCUCCACCUACACCUCGCUCCAGCAGAUCAUUAUUCUCCGCCACCUCAUUCAUUGGGAGGGGCUCGCCUCCCAGAGAAAGAAUGUGCCGAUCGCGCUUAGAUUUCUCGCACGUGACAUGAAUCUGGAAACUUCGCAGACCGUCUUUGUUGGGCCUUACUUGGGCCGAGAGGCCCGAGAAAGGUUCAAGCUCGAUUACAACCUCUUCAACGUCGGCCUCAUGACGCUGCCCGUCGACCUGCCCGGUACGGCCUUCCGGAACGCGAGGCUCGGCGUUGACCGGUUGGUCAAGACGCUGGCGGUCUGUGCGGAACAGAGCAAAGCGACGAUGGAGAAGGGGCGGCAGGAACCCUCGUGCCUCAUCGAUUUCUGGAUGCAGGAGACGAUGAGGGAGCUCGCGGAUGCUACUGCCGCCGGAUCUCCGCCGCCGGAGUACACCAGCGACCUCGAGAUCGGCAGUUACCUUUUCGAUUUCCUCUUCGCGGCUCAGGACGCUUCGACCUCGUCGCUGCUCUGGGCCGUCACGCUCCUCGACUCGCAUCCCGAGGUGCUCGCGAAGGUUCGGGAGGAGGUUGAGUCGAUAUGGUCGCCGGAGUCGGAUUCUCUGAUUACCGCCGACCAGCUUGGGCGGAUGAAGUACACGCAUGCGGUGGCGCGUGAGGUCGUGAGGUACCGAGCUCCGGCGACCAUGGUGCCUCAUAUUGCUGCGGUGGACUUCCCGCUGACGGAGACGUACACGAUCCCCAAGGGGACGAUCGUGUUCCCUUCGGUGUUCGAGUCGUCGUUCCAGGGUUUCUCAGAGCCGGACCGGUUCGACCCGGACAGAUUCUCCGAUGAGCGCCAGGAGGACCGGCUUUUCAAGCGGAACUUCCUGGCCUUCGGGGCCGGGGCCCACCUGUGCGUGGGUCAGAGGUACGCCUUGAACCACCUCGUCCUUUUCAUCGCGAUGUUCGCCACGUUGCUCGACUUUAAACGCCACCGUACCGACGGCUGCGACGAGAUCGCCUACAUCCCCACCAUUUGCCCCAAAGACGACUGCAUGGUUUUCCUCUCGAAACGGUGCGCACAGUACCCGAAUCUCUCACUGGACUGAUGAAAAUAUCUAAAAUGCCCCUCCGAACAUUAUUUUCUUUUCACUUUUCUAUUUUUCUAAGCAUUUGUAAACACCAUCUAGGUCUUUAUUUUGUGGGGAAGGGGGGAAUGGUAAUUUCGUUGUUUGCCACGUUGCUCAAGGGUGGAUUGGUCCAGGAAUUUCCUAUCUUUUUGUGUUGUAUUUUUUCAAGUUUUGUGCGUCCAGAGCCGAUGGAGACGGUUAGGAUUCUUUGAAACAAUUGUGUGGAUUAGUGAUUGGUGGAUAAUUAGGUUGGUGUGGGAAAGAAAAAAAAAUUAAUAAGAUUUCUCUCUUUUUAGAUCACAAUUAUUUAUUUUUUAAAUUCUUUGUAUAUUUGGUGGGGCC